AAAGUUCAAACAUAACUCUACCCAAGCAACUGGAACAAUCGUCGCCGACGGAGCGCGCGAACUCGGUCUGAGCUUCGAUCUACUGGCGUCGCAGCAAACCGAAUUCGGGCGUGGGUUCGCGCUUCUUUUCUGCUAGCCGGAAGCUCUGAUACGCUUAGAAAUUCUUUGCACGUCUCUGGUCUGAACUCGUUGGCAGCUCUGUGACUUCUCUCUGACCUAUUAUUUUUCGCGUCUGCAUUACGUAUUAGGUGUUUGAAUCUCAAGUUUGUGUGCUUGUCUCUGUCUGAUAUCCUUCAAUAUCUCAUGGGGAAGCUUUGACUACGGAAACCCCGGUUGGAUGAAAAACCUUCCCCCAAAAGCAAUUGCAUCCCAUAUUAUUUAUUUAAUGUGAGAAUGAGGCAUCCUGCGCAAUCAUGUCAAUCUGCAAGCCUGAUUUAAUUUUUUUCCCAAUAAGAUUGAAAGUUCAUUGGUUGGUUCUGACUGGCUAAAAAUUCCGCCUGGGAUGGUGAUUCCUUCUGCAUUACCAGCAAAAUGUUCAGUUUUCCUUUGUCAAGAUAUUCCAUUUUUAUCAAAGUUUCCAGCACACUGUGCUACCAGAGUUGAUUACCACAAAACUCUCCCUUCGACAUCUAGAACAAUUCGUGGCACAAAGAUAAAAUAUUCUUCUAGAAGCCAUUUUAGCACCAGACUAGUGAUGUUUGCUGCAAAAAAUGAUCAAUUGCGAUUUGAUGAUGAGUUCCCUCAGGAGCCUUUUUGGUUGAGUCUUAUCGCAGACAUCAUUUGGGGAGUGAAAUCUUUAUUUGCAUUUCUGGUUGAGCAGCCGAGCCAGCUGAAGUACAUAGAAUGGCCGAGCUUUAGUAAUACGGUAAGGACUGCUACGCUGACUCUUGUCCUUGUUGCACUGCUUAUUGUGGCACUCGCAUCUGUUGAUUCUGCUCUCUGCUACCUGUUGGCCUUAGUUCUUCGAAAAGCCUCAUAACUGGUAUUACACUACAAAUUUGACUUCUUGUUUAAUCGUUACUUGCAAUUUCAAAGUAAUUAAGUAUAGUGGUAUACCGAAACUUGCUUGUUAGCCUUUAAUGUUGAGACUUGAGCAUGUGAUGCUUGUAGAAUUGCACCUACUAUACUUAGUUUUAAAGUAAUUAAGUAUAGUAGUAUACCCAAACUUCCUUGUAGAAUUUUUUUUUUUUAGUACUUAUGGUUCUAAAAAAAAUUCAACAUCUGUCGCAUGAUAGGUCUGAAAUUGUACUAAACUUAAAUCAUAGGUGUCCCUUCUUGGUAAAAGGGAUGAACCUGUACGAGUAUAGACUACAAAUUUUUCUUCUCAGUUUUCAACAA